UAAAAAUAAAAAUAAAAAUAGGGGGCCUUGGAAUCUCUUAUCCAAAAUUUAUCAAUUUUGCUCAAAUAAUUAAUUUCGUCGGUCCAUUUCUUGAAAACCCCCCUUUUCCACUUUCAUCCCAUUUAUAUUUUUUCAAUCUCUCUCUUCAAAAAUAAAAUGAUCAAACACCCAUUUCGUAUUUAGAAUAUUUGGAAAUUGGGUCAUUGUUUUUCUUACAGGUAAUUGAUCGUGGGGAUCUAGUAGAAUCUCAAGCUCUUUGAUCAUCAAAAAAAUUCCAGAUUCCUUCAAAGAUUCUCUCUUUAACAGGACUUGAAGUAGGAGAUGGGGUCAUUACAUGGACCAGUCGUUUGCCCAGCAAUCCAUUCAAAGCAGGCCAGUGUUUACCAAAUACCAAUUAAUGUCUCUUCGAUGAAGGAUGACAUGUUCAGAAGUACGUUUUGGGGUUAUAAGGGUGUACGCCAACGAACUACUAACGCUGGCAUUCUUACUCGCCCAAUUAAUAUCCGAAGAUUUGGUACAGUUCAAUGCACUUUCAGUUCAUCUUCCAAUGGUAGUGAUAGCAGAGCAGAGAAUUUUAAGGAGAAUGAUGAGGAUUAUGUCAACUCCAGUGUAACUGAAGCUGUUGAGGUGAAAAGUGGUUCAGGUGGUUUCACAAUUAAAAUGAGAGAUGGCAGGUUCUUAAGAUGUGUCCAUAACAGCCCUCAAGGCGGCCACCUUCCAGAUUAUGCACCACAUCCGGCCAUUGUGCUUAAGAUGGAGGAUGGAACUGGUCUUCUUCUUCCAAUAAUUGUUUUAGAGAUGCCUAGUGUGUUGCUCAUGGCUGCUAUCCGUAAUGUUCAUAUUGCAAGGCCAACAAUUUAUCAGAUCAUGAAAGAGAUGAUUGAGAAGAUGGGAUACGCAGUCAAACUUGUCCGUGUUACUAAGAGAGUCCAUGAAGCAUAUUUUGCUCAGUUAUAUCUUACAAAGAUCGAUAACGAAGACGAAUGUAUCAGCUUUGACCUUCGACCUUCAGAUGCAAUUAAUAUUGCUGUAAGAUGCAAGGUUCCUAUACAAGUCAACAGGGACUUGGCUCAUAGUGAUGGUAUGAAGAUUGUUGAAUCUCCGAAGGCGACAAUUGUGGGCCCUGCAUCUGAUGUCUUGUCAUUUACAGAAUUGGAUCGGCCUAAUGGUAAGCCGUGUAUAGAGACAACAGAAUUUAACCUGCUGCAAAACAUGCUUAAUGCUGCGUUGGAGGAGCGCUAUCAAGAAGCAGCUCAAUGGAGGGACCAACUAACCCAAUUCCGAGCUAAGAGGAACUGGGCAUGACAGGAAGCAAAUAUGGUACAUUGUAAAUAAAAUUUAUGAAGCUGAAGAUUAUGCUGGCUCCGUUGCUAGGUUUCUUUGUUAAUUAAUGUUUGUGAUCAUAUUUGUGAAUAGUAGCGUAGAUGAUGAACAAUCUCAUUCCAGUCCGAAUCCGAAUAGAACAUACUUGCUAUGCUUAGUAUGCUUCAGGCCGGCUGCCGUAGUUCGAUAUUGUAUACCAAUAUGAAUGUUGAAUGAUGUAUCACUAUCGCCUAUGGUAUAUGACCUUCCCGGGGUAAACUGGAAAUAUGUACUUUCAAACCAUCUACUGUGAAUAUGCGAUGUUUUAAUUAUUAA